AUGAAGAAGAAUAUUGGAAAAUUCAAACAGUGGGCAAACGAGAAAGUAGGCGCCGGUCAGAAAACUCAGCUUACUGAUGAAUUCCAGGAAUUACAACAAAAAACGGAGGAAAGGCAUAAUGGCAUUGAUAAGCUACAUGCUGCGACUAAAAAUUAUCUCAAGACCAUGUCAAAGAAAACGGAAUCAGAGGAGAAGACAAAAACACUGCCAAUCGAGGCACUCGGUUCUACCAUAAGGAACUAUGGAGAAGAUAUAGGCGUCGAAUCUUCGUAUGGUAAUUAUAAUAUCCCUCAGACUUUCCUGACCGUUAUUGAAGGAUCGGCGUUAGUCAAAUUUGGAACGGCCAAUGAGAAGAUUGCGAAUUUACAGUUGGAAUUUGUUUCGAGGGUUCGCGAAGAAUUUCUUGAAGGGACGGAGUCAACCAUCGCAGAAUUGAAACAAUAUCAACAACUGAAGAGAAAACUAGAGUCGCGUCGACUUGAUUACGAUGCGAAAUUGAAUAGGGUUCAAAAAUCUAAAAAGGAAAAACCAGAAUUGGAAGAGGAAUUACGAGCGUCCAAGGAAAAAUAUGACGAUACGAUGGAGGAACUACAUUCAAAGAUGCAAUUCAUCAACGAUUCGGAGGAUCAAUACAUCCAAGAAUUAACGUCAUUCUUAGAUGCGCAACUGGAAUACUACAAGAAGAGUUACGAAAUUCUCUCGGGUAUAAGAAAUGAUUGGGUAGAAGGCUCUUCAUCAACUAAACCAACACGUCGAACUCUGAUAAGGAAAAAGACAACGGACUCACAGAAUUCAGAUGACGUAGAAGAAAGGCAUUCGGACAGUGAAAGUGUUCUCUCGAGCUACAAUCGUUCCAAGAAGUCACGUCCAACUCCCAAGAGAACCUCGAGUUCCACGAACAUCUCUAAAUCGGAAGACUCUUAUAAUACAACUCUCAACAUACCAAGUUCAUCCCGAAAGAAGCAAGGAUCAUCCGCCAAAUCCUCAGACGUAGGAAAAACGUUGAAUGCACGAAAAGCAGCUACCUCUCAACCUGCAACAAAGAAACAAGUUAGAGCAAUCUAUAGUUAUGAAGGUGAUGGCGACGAUGAACUUGCAAUAGAGGAGGGAGAGAUAAUCACAGUCCUGGAAGAACAUGAAGGCUGGUGGAUUGGUGAAAUCGUUGAUCCUGACGGUAGUAAACGAAGUGGUAUGUUUCCUGCAAAUUACACAGAGGAAAUUAAGGUCGAACCCACGCGUGCAUCGCGCGCCUCACUGCGCGAAGAGGAAGAGGAAGAGGAAGAUUCAAUUCGAGGUGAUUCUGACCAAUACGAAGAUGAAGAGUCCUAUGGGGAAACAGUACGAACAAGAACCCCACCCCCGACAUCCCGUAGCGCACCAACUCGUCAAACAUCACGACUUUCUCAAGUGGCUAAUCCAAGUGGAUCACCACCUGUUCCAUCCCGUAAUUCAAAACCUCCUCCCGUUCGAAAAGCAACGACACGAGUUCGCGCUUCAUCUCCAACUAAUGUUGGCGGCCGGAAUUCGUAUAUUUCCCAAGAGCUUAUAGAAAAAUCUGCUACUUCCAGUCAUGAUGUUGGUCCAUGUAAAGAAUGUGAUUGUGAAGAUUAUUCUCCAAAUUGA